AUGCACAACGAAGUGGGGUUAUUGGGACAAAGGCAAAAAAAUUUCUCUCAAAUCUUAGCAGUCCUCACGGUCACGUCAAUUUUCUUUAGCGAAGAAGGCAACGACGAGGAGAAGCCACCAUAUUCAUAUGUUGCACUCAUCACAAUGGCUAUUAACGAAUCACCGGAACAACGACUUACCUUAUCACAAAUAUACAAUUAUAUCGAUGCGCGUUUCCCAUAUUAUCGCAAUUGCGGACUAAAACGACGACAAGGAUGGCAAAACAGUAUUCGCCAUAACCUUUCACUAAAUGAAUGUUUUGUUAAAAAAUCAAAGGAUGGUACAGGUUGUGCAAAUGACCGCAAAGGUAACUACUGGACUUUAGCACCUGAUUCAACUAAUAUGUUUGAUGAUGGGAACUAUAAAAGAAGGUUACUAUUUGUUCAUACUCCAAUGCUUCAUCUUACGGAUAAUGUUUCCCAGUCACAUUCAACAGUUUACUGGCCAAGCACGCAACAAUUUAUUGAACAUAAUCAAAGAAAUUUCGUUGGAUCGAUAGCUACGACUGUUUUCUCUCCUACGUGCUGUAACGAAAUGACUCAAUGGUCAGGUCAACAAUUUUUACCUUCGAUACAAACUUUUGAUGAGCCGUUUUUAAACAACAUCUGCGAAAAUCACCCAUAUCGUUAUUUAGAAUAA